AUGGCUCAUUGGGCCGAUGUGUCCAUCACGACGCAGAUGACGACGGUGGGCCUAGAUGAUCGCGCCGUCCUGCUUCUGCCCAAUGAGAUUGAGACGAAAUGUCCAAUGUGCCGUACAUUGACGGCGGCAAAGUUUGAUUCUGUUCGAGAGUCUAAUUUAGAGACUUAUUACCCUGUUGCUUAUGAAGAAAGGCGAGUCGAGCAUCGAACAGCGGUAAAUGACGACUCGGCAUCCAGAGUCGAGACCUUGACGGUUUACAUCGGCAACGAGCACUCCAUGAUUCGGACAGAAGACGAAGAUAACAACAAGCACCAAUGGAACUUCUUCAUACGGCCAUCGAGGAGUGAUCUGUUUGAAGAAGUCCAGAUAUUCCUACAUCAAACAUUUCGCAAUCCGCGGGUGAUAGUCCAAUGGCCACCUUACGAAGUUCGACGUCUUGGGUGGGGAACUUUCACAAUUUAUGCCAACCUUAUUCUGAAGGCGGGUUACAGCUGGGUUAGCUCCGAAGCAGAAGAUACCGGCGAUGGAGGUGUGAACGGAAAAUUACCCUUGGAGUGGCCCCUAGACUUCAAUGGGCGUGGCAGUCAAGGAAGACUGCGUCUCAAAGUCAAAAGAGAGAAACACGGUCAAGAAGCCGAGGAUGAAGCGCAAGGUCAAGAGGUACGACGAAUGUGGCUGCGACAGAGGGAGACGGAUCCAGAUUGGGUAGAUCCCGAUACCUCUGAAUGA